AUGGCUGAACGGAAGAACGUUCGCCGGUCGGAGCUCACCGACGAUGAAGACCUUCCUAUUUUCCCGCGCGAAUUCCGUCCGAACGACAUCAAGGAUUGGCUCGUGAAUGAACCUUCGAUCGACCAGAAGGCAAAGCGCGAAUUCCGUCCGAACGACAUCAAGGAUUGGCUCGUGGAUGAACUUUCGAUCGACCAGAAGGUAAAGCGCGAAUUCCGUCCGAACGACAUCAAGGAUUGGCUCGUGGAUGAACUUUCGAUCGACCAGAAGGUAAAGCGCGAAUUCCGUCCGAACGACAUCAAGGAUUGGCUCGUGGAUGAACUUUCGAUCGACCAGAAGGUAAAGCGCGAAUUCCGUCCGAACGACAUCAAGGAUUGGCUCGUGGAUGAAACUUCGAUCGACCAGAAGGUAAAGCGCGACAACGUAAUGGAGCCUUCGCUAUUGGCGCACGGAAGGGAGGCGGCGCUGGGCAAGCGCGCAAUCGGCGCGGAGACAGACCUGAGCCAUCUCCUGAAUUGCAUGGGCACCAUAUCAGCUCUCUGUGUGGUUAUGGCACUCGUCUCGAUCGCAGGCAUGCUGUAUGUACUGAUGGGUCGCCGCACGAAGAAGGCGGCGCAACUCGAGACGAGCAAAUCGGACCUGGUCUGA